AUUAAAUAUAUUUUAAAUUUCUAUUUUAGUGAUGAUCAUUCGUGUGAGAAUGGCAAUAAAAGAACCCAUAUCGAAGUUUCAAGAGAUAAUAAACCAAGUGCUUGCUUAUGUAAACCAAAAACAAUUGCCGAAACACAUAAAGAUCCGUCUCGUAGCUUAUUACUAUCAUCGUUUCAGAAAAAAUUAUUUUCGCGAGAAAACUAUUAUGCUCACUCUAUCAGAAUAUUUGCGUCAAGAAAUUGCACUUGAAUCAUGCCAUCGUUUAGUCGAAAAUGUGUCGAUGUUCAAAAAUUUACCCAAAACUAUUUUGCGUAACAUCGUGAAGAAUUUAAAAUUCGAGCUUUAUCUACCGAACGACGUGAUCGUGAAAGCAGGCGCCCAUGGCGAUUGCAUGUUCUUCCUGUCUGCUGGAACCGUUGCUGUGUUAACACCUACUGGAAAAGAGAUAUGUCACUUGGACGAUGGAGCACAUUUCGGAGAAAUAGCACUUUUGGUUCCCGAUCAAAGAAGAGUCGCGAGCGUGAUUGCAAUCGAAGUAUGUGAAGUGUAUCGUUUAAAUCGUAAGGAUUUUCGAAAAUGUAUUGCCGUACAUUCAGAACUGUUUGCAACGAUCGAAAGUAUUGCGACAGAAAGGAUCGAGAGGGCUGUAGUGAUCGAGGAACAACAUAAACGUUAUCUUAUGCGAGAUACUUCUCGCGUUGAGGAUAAAAAAGAUAUGAACAAUCGUGAAGGAAGUUGA